GAAACGAAAAGUCUCUCCAAAUCAGUAACUAAAAACAGAGAAAUCUUCCAAAAUUUUCCGUGGUUCUGAAGCUUUUAUUUCUCAAGGCGACAAUGAAGAUUUUUCUCAUCCUUGUCUCUUUCCUCGUCCUCUUACCUGUUUCUCUACAGGAUCCGAGUCCUGGAGUCAAGGCACCGACCCGGGCUCACGCGGAGCUCACGAGUCAUGGGUUUCCGAUUGGGCUGCUUCCUCUAUCUGUCAAGGAUUACUACAUCAACCAAACCUCCGGCGACUUCUCCCUUUUCCUUCACGGGACAUGCAAAAUCACGCUUCCUCCUGACAAUUACCUCGCCACUUACUCGAAUAAGGUAACGGGUCGGAUUACCCAGGGCCAGAUCGCGGAGCUCCGGGGAAUUCGGGUCCGGGCGUUUUUCCAGUGGUGGUCUAUCACCGGGAUUCGAUCCUCCGGUGAUAAUCUUGUGUUUGAGGUCGGCGUGGUAACCGCCAAGUACCCCUCGAAGAAUUUCGUCGAGAGUCUUGAUUGCGAAGGAAAGCGAUCAUCUUCUUGAUUCAAUUCAGGAGAUCUGUGAAGGCAGGAGCAACAAGUGAAGAAAAUAGUUUGUAUUAUAUUAUUCUCCAGAUAAAAUAAAGCUUGUAAUGUAAAACCGCAUCUAAACCACGACUCUAUUCUUGUUUUCUUUGCAAACUAAGGGUUUCAUGGAGGCUUGUAAGUUGUCAACCAAAUAUGGUUUGAUAUGGUAUACAAACCUUCAUUAAUGGAAGAUGAAUUUUUCAAUCUA